AUGGAAGAUAUAGCAGAUACAACAUCACAACGUACCACAACAACAACAACAACAACAAGACGCCUUCGAAGUUUACAUUUACCUUCUUCUGGCUCAACAACUCAUGAAAUCAGUAGAAGAUUUACUAGUCUACGAAGACCUAAUACUACCACCAAUACAUCUCCACUCGCUACAACCCCAGUCAAUGAACCUAUCCCUUCUCCUUCUCCUGUUGUUGGGGAAGCAGCCACAAGUAGUAGUGGACAAAAGGUGCAUAUCAAGUUGGUACCUAACGUGGGUAUGACGAACCGAUGCUUUGUGUUUGAUGUGGUGGAUCGUGAACUGGAGAUGGGGUCAGGGCUCAAAUUGGGCCGAUAUUCUGACCGAACCAUUGUUUCGGACCGACUGUCUUUUAAAAGUAAAGUAGUGAGUCGAUAUCAUGCAGAGAUCUGGUUAUCAGAAGAAGACGGCAAGAUAUACAUCAAGGAUUCAGGAUCUUCUAGUGGUACAUUUGUGAAUCAUAUCCGACUGACUGCAGCCAAUACAGAGAGUGCUAGACCUCACCCGGUAGUAGACGGAGAUCUUAUUCAGUUGGGUGUUGAUUACAAAGGCGGUCUGGAACCCAUGUACCGGGCUGUUAGGAUGCGUUUGGAAGUGAACCGUCGUGAGUGGCAAGAAUCCUGUUCGAAUACCUAUAGUCUUGCCGCAUUUCAACAACUCAAGCAUCAGAUCAAUAACACUAGCACUGGCAACACUAACAACAACAAUAGCAGAGAAGAAAUCCAAGAAUGUUGUAUUUGUUUAUACUGCAUUGCACCUUUUCAAGCCUUAUUCAUUGCUCCUUGUUCUCAUAUCUAUCAUUACAGGUGCUUACGACCCUUAUUAACCCAAAAUUACCCUGGAUUCUCGUGUCCGCUAUGUAGAACUUACUCCAAUCUAGAAGCCAGUGUGGCUGUAGAGGAAAAUGAGGUCUUGCAGAUGUUAGGUCUCUCCACUACCGAGCCUUCUCCUUCUACAAAUAACAACAAUAAUAAUAAUAAUAAUACGACGUCAGAAGAAGAAGAAGAGGAGGAGGAAGACAACAGCCCAUUAAUCGCCUCACAUACAAACGGUGGUCAUCAUCGUGAAAAGACGGUGUUGGACGAAGAAGCCCUUCAACAAGAGGUGAAUGAAGCAACCGAUUUUUGA